CUUUCUCCUUUAUCUCUCAUCACUCCAUCUCACUGAACUCUCCCCACCGACCUCCCUCCCCAGAUCUCCUCCCAUCUCCCUUCUUCUCACCGCCCAAAACCCCAGUGGAGGAAAAAAAAAGAAGAAGGGAAAGAAGGGGGAGAAAGAAAGGGAGGUGCCAAUGCCUAGCGUUGGCGUGAAGCUCUACAGCGUCUUCUUUAAACUACUCCUCCGCCACCGCCUCCAGUCCCGGGUCCAGAACCCUUCUCUGGACCCCUUCGGCGUCACCUCCCGCCCCGAGGAGUCCACCGCCCCCGCCAACCCCUCCUUCGCUGACGACAAGGUGGCCACCAAAGACAUCCACAUCGACCCCCUCACCUCCCUCUCCGUCCGCAUCUUCCUUCCCGAUCCCUCCCCCCCUCCCCCUCUCCGCCGCAACAGCCUCCCCUCCCCCGCCGCAGCCAACCCCGACCGCCUCCCCCGCCGCAACAGCUAUGACGGCGCCGCCCCCUAUGGCGGCUACCUCCCCUCCAUUGGCCCCUCCACCCGCCGACCCCCGGCCGCGCGGAGGCUGCCGGUCGUGAUCCAGUUCCACGGCGGCGCGUUCGUCGCCGGGAGCAAUGCCUCGGCUGCCAAUGACUUCUUCUGCCGGCGGAUCGCCAGGCUGUGCGAGGCGAUUGUGAUCGCCGUCGGGUACAGGCUCGCGCCGGAGAGCCGGUACCCGGCCGCGUUUGAGGAUGGGUUGAAAGUGCUUAACUGGCUCGGGAAGCAGGCGAAUCUGGCGGAGUGUAGUAAGUCGAUGGGGAGUGUGAAGUCUGGUGGUGGGGGUACGGCGGAAGUCAGGCGGUCGGAUGUGCAACGGCAUAUUGUGGAUACUUUCGGUGCGUCCAUGGUGGAGCCGUGGUUGGCGGCUCAUGCGGAUCCCUCGAGGUGUGUUCUACUUGGUGUUAGCUGUGGUGCAAACAUUGCAGAUUUUGUGGCCCGCAAGGCAGUUGAAGCUGGGAAGCUGUUAGAUCCUGUAAAGGUGGUCGCACAGGUCCUAAUGUACCCAUUCUUCAUUGGAAAGGUCCCAACCCACUCGGAAUUAAAACUAGCCAACUCCUACUUCUAUGACAAAUCCAUGUGCUUGCUUGCUUGGAAGCUGUUCUUACCAGAGGAUGAGUUCAGCCUAGACCAUCCAGCUGCAAAUCCCCUAAUACCUGGAAGGGGUCCUCCACUAAAAUGCAUGCCCCCAACCUUGACAGUGGUUGCAGAGCAUGACUGGAUGAAGGAUCGAGCAAUCGCAUAUUCUGAGGAGCUCCGCAAGGUCAAUGUUGAUGCUCCACUCCUAGAGUACAAGGAUGCAGUGCAUGAGUUUGCCACGCUUGAUAUACUUCUCAGAACACCACAAGCGCAGGCCUGUGCUGAAGACAUUGCAAUCUGGGUCAAGAAGUAUAUUUCCACUCGUGGCCAUGAGUUCUCAUAUUAGAACCAGAGGAAUAGUCUGCAGUUGUAUACGAUUUUUGAAAUCUGCAAGAAGAGCUGGAGCUUCUGCUACAUUGCCAAUCCCAAUUUGAUGGGGAAGGCGUGGGUAGUGAUGAUGACGAUGAUGACAUGGCACUGAAUGAUGAUGAUGAUGACAAUCUAUAUACAGGCAUAGCAGCAAUUCAUCAAUUGGCCGUAAUCUAAAGUAUAUUUGGUGUUCAUCCUAAUCCAGUUGUUUGGGCCUAUAUCGUGUUAUUUAUUCAUAAUGUUUAGUGUAUGAUAUACUUUCAGAAAGAGUAGAUUCAAUUAAAUCUGAUUUAUCUUCCUUCUUUGGGGCCAUUCCCCUUCCA